UACUUCCAUUAGGGAAGUCGCUUUUCUCAUUUUUGAGGAACUUGUUUUUCAUAGAAAAGAUAUUCUCCAAAACAUUUUGUCUAGCCAAACAUGAGAAAAUUGAAAAAAAAAAAUUGAAUAAUAUUCUCCUCCAUACCAAACACACCCUAAUCCCUAUCUUACAAAGGAAAUGCCAGCUUAUCUGGACUUUCUGGUUUUCGAAAGCUUGAGUUGGAGCUACAUGAAGUGCAUUGAGAACCAUAAGAUUUCAAAUUCAAAUUCCGUUAGAUGCAAAAGCACUAGGUGAUUUUUUUUUCAUUUGGCUAAGCUUUGAUGAACAAAGUUACGACUAUAUCUGGUGAAUUGGAGUUGUUAAUUUAUGAUUUGUUCAUUUCUUUAGAAUGUUCAUGAAUCUUAGGUCUAUUCCCCUGGCUAUGCGCAUUAACAAUAAUAGACCUAUUCGUAAUGCAACUCUAACUGUGGCCAACUUUUUUACGCUUCAUAACAGUUUCUUUGAGCCGUUCAAUUAGUUUGUGUACAUCAAUGUGAAAGAUCGUCGAGCACAUUUCUAAAGAGUUUCAAAAACGUUGUAUUGUUCAGGUUAGAAACUUCAGUACUAGGUUCUCUUUGCGAUCCUUUCUAAAAUGUGCAGAGAAGUUGACAGAUAGUCAAAAGGAUUCCAUAAACAAGACUGGAUUUGGAAAUUUGCUCCUAAUUCAAAGGCAAAUGGUUUCCAAAACUCUGUUAGUUGAAUUGAUGGAAAGAUGGGAUCACGAGAAAUGUGCUUUUGUAUUUCCUUCAGGCGAGAUAACCAUAUCUCUCCUGGAUGUUAUGUUAAUUUUGGGAUUACCAGUGACAGGAAAUCCUGUUAUUUUACGAGAGGAUACACCUUUCUUAGACCUAGAAAGAGCUUUUGGUGCUUUCCCGCUGAGCAGAACAAUCACGGUUGCAUCAUUAGAGCAGAGACUUGAUUCACUUGCUGAGACCAACAAUGAAGAUUUUGUGAGGUCUUUCUUGUUAUACAUGUUUGGAACUUUUCUGUUUCCAAAUACAAAUAGCAAAGUUGAUUCUCGCUAUCUAUAUCUUCUCCGAGAUAUUGAUAAAGUGAACAGUUUUGCUUGGGGAGCAGCUAUUCUUGCAGAUGUACUUUACUGGUUGUGCAGGAGAACGCAGAAAAAAUCACAAUAUGUUGGAGGUUGUCUUAUUUUUCUUCAAAUAUGGUUCUUUGAACACAUUGACAUUGCUCGUCCACGUUUACUGAACUACCGCUCUAAGUUACCCCGUGUCUGCAAUUGGAGAAGUAUGAAAUCUCAUCGAAGAGAAUGGUUCGAUACCAAAUUCAAAGAACUAAAGAGUGAUCAGAUAAUUCGGAUCCUUCAACCGACUUCUGAUGAGUCCAAAAGUGACACAAUCAAAGAGUUGAUAGAAGCAGAAAAGAGAAGAUUGGCUGACCUGAAAACACGAUCUUCAGUUGAUACUUCGCCUCCUAUUGACCAUCCUGUGACAAGUGGAUGUGAGUCGAUGGAUCAUUUGAUCAUUGACCUGGAAGCUGAAUCAGAGAGUGAAAGUAAUAGACCACUAGCAAGUGGAAUGCAAAAUCUGUCUUCUGAUGCAGUUAGUGUGCGUGAAACUGUAGCAGAGAGUGAAAGUAACAGACCAGUAGCAAGUGGAAUGCAAAAUCUGUCUUCUGAUGCAGUUAGUGUGCGUGAAACUGUAGCAGAGAGUGAAAGUAACAGACCACUAGCAAGUGGAAUGCAAAAUCUGUCUUCUGAUGCAGUUAGUGUGCGUGAAACUGUAGCAGGAUCUUCUGCAUGCCACUACUUGGAUAAAGAAAAAGAACCCACAGAGCGUUCACAAACUUCAGGAGCAAAUGUGGUUAUAGUAAUCAGUAGUGAUGAUGAUUGCGAGGAUGAUCUGCAGAAGGAAAGCCAGACUCUAGAAGAGCAGAUAGUUCAUCUUAAGAACGAAAUUGGUGACUUGACUAUAAAGAACAAGACUCUGGAAGAUCAACUAUCCUCAAGUCUAAAAUUUGAAGAGCAGAACAAGAAACUAAUGGAUGAAAUUGAGACUCUGCAACAAGAAAACCAAGAACUGAGUGCAUCAACCAACAGAAUUGUGACUGGAUUACAGAGAAUUGUCUUUGAUGAUAUCACAGAUGCAUUGGAUAAUGGGAUGAUGGAGAACAAUGUUUGAAGCAAAUCUAAAUUGGUCCAUUCAGAUGAAUUUUUGUCAUCUUUUGUCAGAUCUAUGUACUGAUCAAAAUGUAAAUAUAAGUGCAGUUCAUACAGUUCUGCUGAUGAUUAAACUUAACUGCACUUGUUCUUGAA